AUGGCAGUUGAUCCGUCCGGCGUUUCUCAGGGAGCAGCAUCUACUCGGCCGACUGCAUUACAGAAUAGGGCGGCAUUCAGCAAGAGUCCCUUUGUUAGAGCCGGAGAAAACAGCCCGGUUAAAUGGCAAAUCCUAGACGCCGAUUCAGUCGACCGAGCGAAGCGGGAGAACAAGCUUCUCUUUCUUCAUAUUGGAUACAAGGCUUGUCACUUCUGUCGUCUCAUGACUCAAGAGUCAUUUUCAAACCCAGAAUGCGCUGCCAUAUUAAACGAAUCCUUUGUUCCCGUCAUCAUUGACCGAGAAGAGCGCCCCGAUAUCGACACUAUUUACAUGAAUUAUGUACAGGCCGUGAGCAACGUAGGGGGCUGGCCGCUAAACGUCUUUGUUACCCCCAAUCUAGAACCCGUCUUUGGCGGAACGUACUGGCCGGGACCUGGCACGUCGCGCCGAGUUGCGGCCGAAAGCGAGGACGAGUCGCCCGACUGUCUGACGAUUUUCAAAAAGGUGCGGGACAUUUGGCAUGAUCAGGAGACACGGUGUCGUAAGGAGGCUUCAGAAGUUCUGGCACAGCUUAGAGAGUUUGCCGCAGAGGGCACCUUAGGCACUCGAGGACUUACCGGUACACACCCCAUCGCCACACCAAGCUGGAAUAUCCCCAGCAACCCCGAGAACACCCCAAUUCGCGCCAGGGACAAAGAUGCCCAGGUUUCCAGCGAGCUGGAUCUGGACCAGCUGGAAGAGGCAUACACGCAUAUUGCCGGAACAUUUGACCCCGUAUACGGCGGAUUUGGCCUGGCGCCAAAAUUCUUAACGCCUCCAAAGCUGGCCUUCUUACUACAUCUAAACACAUUCCCCAGCGCUGUCCAGGAUGUGGUUGGCGAAGCAGAAUGCAGGCAUGCCACAGUAAUGGCCGUCGACACCCUUCGAAAGAUCCGCGAUGGCGCCCUGCACGACCACAUCGGCGCAACUGGAUUUGCCCGCUGUUCAGUCACGCCCGACUGGAGUAUCCCCAACUUUGAGAAGCUAGUUGUCGACAAUGCCUUACUGUUGGUCUUGUACCUCGAUGCCUGGGGGAUAGCUGGCGGUAAGGCGGACAGCGAAUUUUACGACACUGUGCUCGAACUCGCCGACUAUCUGAGCUCGCCCCCAAUCGCCUUGCCCAGCGGCGGCCUGGCCACCAGCGAAGCCGCCGACUCUUUCAUGCGACGCGGUGACAGGGAAAUGAGAGAAGGAGCCUAUUACUUAUGGACCAGGCGCGAGUUCGACUCCGUCGUGGACGCAUCUGGCCAAGACAAGCAAAUCAGCCAAGUCGCCGCCGCCCACUGGGACGUCCAAGAAGGCGGCAACGUAGACGAAGACCACGACCCCAACGACGACUUCAUCAACCACAACAUCCUACGGGUCGUCAAGACCCCAGACGAGCUCAGCAGGCAGUUCAACAUUUCCACCGACACAGUACGCCAGCACAUCCAGGCCGCCCGGAAGGAACUCAAAGCAAGACGAGAAAGGGAGCGAGUCCGCCCCGAGCUAGACGACAAAGUCAUCACCGCGUGGAACGGCCUCGCCAUCUCCGCCCUCGCACAAGCCUCGUCCGCCCUGAAGCCCGUAGACCCCGCCCGCAGCGAGAAGUACCUCCACGCCGCGGAGUCAGCCGCCGGCUUCAUCAAGGCCUCUCUCUGGGACGAAUCGUCAAAACUCCUAUACAGGAUAUACCGCGAGGGCCGGGAAACCAAAGGCUUCGCCGACGACUACACCUACCUCAUCCACGGGCUGCUAGACCUCUUUGCCGCAACAAGCGACGAGAGCCACCUCGCGUUUGCGGACGCCCUCCAAAAAACCCAAAACUCGCUCUUCCAUGAUUCAGACUCGGGCGCCUUCUUCUCAACGACAGCCUCCUCGCCACAGGCUAUUCUCCGCCUGAAGGACGGCAUGGACACCUCGCUGCCGUCGAUCAACGCCGUCGCUGCGUCGAAUCUGUUCCGUCUCGGGGCGCUGCUAGACGACGAGCCCUACUCGACAUUGGCAAGGGGGACGGUCAAUGCGUUUGAGGCAGAGAUGCUGCAGCACCCGUGGCUGUUUCCAGGCCUGUUGGGCGGCGUUGUGACUGCGAGAUUGGGGCUGCAGGAAUCUGUUGGCGACGUCAAGUACAAAGUUGGACGGGAGAAGGCUGUUUAG